AUGCUGCUUCUAGCUUCAGCUUUUUUUCUAACACUACUGCAGUGCUUGAAUGCCCAAAACAAAACAAGCAUUACACCUGCAGACUGUAAUACCAUUGAAACGGAUGCAGGAGUGGCCCUGGAUUUGGUGAACAAACAUCGCAGAGAUGGCUACGUUUUUGGUUUAUUCCGUGUUGCUGAUGCAUAUGAACUACAUAUUGGAAAUUCAUCACUCCUCUACUUAACUUUGGAUGUACUGGAAACUGAAUGCCCUGUAUUAUCCAGAAGAAACUGGGAGUCUUGUGAAUACAGUGACACCUAUUUCACGGACUUUGGGCAAUGUAAGAUUAUCACAUACACAAGCCAGCUGCUGAAGAAACCUCAACUAUAUGGAUUCAAUUGUACAUUAAGUCCAGUCCCUCCUGAUUUAUUAGAGUGCAAAGACUGUCCUGUAAAAGUUGAAGUCUUAGAAAUCACUGAGCAACACAGAAAUAUUGCUGCGAAGGCCCUGAAGAAAUUCAACAGUGAGGGUAACCACACAAACUACUUCAAUGUGGACAAAAUUGAAAAGGUUUUAAAGAUGACUGCCUCCCGUGAAGGUCACAUUUUAGGAUUCUCUAUAAAAGAGACCAACUGUUCCAAAUCCACACAACGAGCAGAUCAGGAAUUGGAAUGUGAUUUUCUGGAUGACUGGCACGCUCUGGUGGGAUUCUGCAAGGCAAGAAUUAUCAGCGAUUCAGAUGAACCUGACGGAACAGAUAUAAACUGUGAAAUCUACCAGCCCUGGCAGCAUGACUACGGGCAAAGAUGCAGAUAUUCAGCUCUGGGACAGUCACACAGACAUCCCCAUCCCCACCGUCAUUUUGGUCACAAACAUCGUCACAGACAUCAUCACAGGCACGGAUGUCCACACUCUUCUCAAUCCAGACCUGAAGACCCUGAGCAUAACCAUAGUUUCAAUGAAGAACAUGAAGACAGCCAUGAAGAACCUCCUCCUCCCCCCCAUGGUGGACCACAUCACCACCGGCCUCCUCCCCCUCCUCAUGGACCACACCACCACCAUCCUCAUCCCCAUCAUGGAUUACACUGUCCUCCUCCCCCUCCUCAUGGACCACAUCACCACCAUCCUCAUCCCCAUCAUGGAUCACACUGUCCUCCUCCCCCUCCUCAUGGACCACAUCACCACCAUCCUCAUCCCCCACAUCACCACCAUCCUCAUCCCCAUCAUGGAUCACACUGUCCUCCUCCUCCUCUCCAUCAUGGACCACAUCACCACCAUCCUCAUCCCCAUCAUGGAUCACACUGUCCUCCUCCUCCUCUCCAUCAUGGACCACAUCACCCUCCUCCUCCACGACAUCCUCCUCAUCUCUGUCAUCACUAUCACAGACAUCAUUGCAACAAGACAAGCAUAUUGAGAAAGUACUUUCCAUUCCAAAUAGCAGGAGCUGUCUAUCGCAUUCCAGUUCUAAGUCAGUAUGAUUCUCUCACACCUCCUACUGCAAAAUUUCCUGGGCUAUCCCAAAGCAUGCCUCACUCCUCCAGCACUGGUGAAGGUAUUCCUUUCGCUGGCUCAAGUCUAAAGGAGAUGCCAGAAGUUCCGGGUUUUCCAGAUCACCCUAUGCAAUCAAAGUCAUGCCCAGGAAACCCCAAACUUGUUCUUCCAAAAAUUUUGCCAUUAUUUCCACAUAAUUCCAUGGCAGAAAAUUCUCCUACAUGA